CCCAUUUGUAAAAAGGUUGUAAAUUAACUUAAUAUCAUUUUAACAUAGAGUUGAAACAUAUUGAAAGAUGUCAUGUUUUGUUUUUGGGCAUAUUUAGUAUGAAUUAUCUGAGUAUUAGCAAGUUAGAAAUUAAACCCAUUAAGCUACAGCCUUAAUGUAUGGUAACAAAAAAAAAAAAAAAAAUUAUUCUUACAUUUGUAUCAUUUGAGAUGAAAGAGAGAUCACAGGGAAAAGGAAUGGAUGAUUGCUUAUUAUUGGCAACUUGAAGUUGACCAUCAACGGCAGAAAGAGGAGAAGAAGAAAGAAGAGGGGGAUAUCAGUACUACUGUAAGAACACAUUCUCUCCUCCAUGCUUAAUGUCGGAUUCACUCCCAAUAAACUCCAAAUGUUCCAGUCAUCACUCGCAUAUUACCAGCUAGCUGUUGCAGACCCCAAGAUCUGACCCACCUCCAUAUCUGUAAUCAAUCCCAAUAAAAAAUUUACUUCUUUUUUCUAUUCCAAUCCAAACUAAUCAGCCAUUCUUCUCGCAUAUAACUCUCUCUCUCUCUCUAGAUUUCUCUGGGGAAGAAAAUGGUGGAAAAGUAAGGAAUUUGCAAAUCCUUACUUGAAGAAGAAGAUUAUGAAGUUCCAAACAGUGUCUUGGCGGCGGCGGCUGCUGCUCUUCUACUGUUUCAUUGGCUGUUGCUACUGUCUUGGCCAUGUCAAGGCAAUCUUGGCUGAUGAAGCAUCGGUUUUGGUAUCGAUAAGAGCAGGCCUAGUCGAUCCUCUGAACCAGCUUGGAGAUUGGAAGCUCACAGAAAAUGGGGUGGAGGAAGCAGCAGCUUCAGUACACUGUAACUGGACUGGGGUUUGGUGCAACUCUGAUGGAGCUGUGGAGAAGCUUGACCUCUCCCACUUCAAUCUCAGCGGCACAGUUUCAGACGAUAUCCAGAUGCUGCAAAGCCUCGCUUCGCUCAACCUCUGCUGCAAUGGCCUCUCUUCCUCCUUGCCGACAGCCUUGUCCAAUCUCACUGCACUGGAGAGCAUUGAUGUGAGCCAGAAUUUCUUCGUUGGCAACUUCCCGGUGGGAUUCGGAAGGGCAGCUGUACUGGCAAGGCUGAAUGCUUCCAGCAACAGCUUCUCCGGCGACAUUCCCGAGGAUCUAGGCAAUGCCACCUCGCUCGAGAUGCUAGAUCUUAGAGGCAACUUCUUCCAGGGCUCGAUCCCGAGGUCUUUCAAGAACUUGAAGAAGCUGCAGUAUCUAGGCCUGUCAGGGAACAAUCUGACAGGCCGGUUGCCACCUGAGCUAGGCCAGCUUUUGUCGCUGCAGACCAUGAUCCUCGGCUACAAUGGCUUCGAAGGUGAGAUCCCGGCAGAGUUUGGGAACCUGACCAGUCUCCGGUAUCUUGACUUGGCUGUUGGCAACCUUGGUGGCGGCAUCCCGGCUGAACUGGGGAGGCUAAAGCUGUUAAACACAGUCUUCUUGUACAGAAACAACUUUGAAGGGAAAAUUCCGGCGGAGAUGGGCAACGUUACCUCGACACUACAAGUGUUGGACCUCUCCGACAAUAUGCUGUCAGGCGAAAUCCCGGCUGAGCUGGCUCGGCUAAGGAACCUGCGGCUCCUCAAUCUGAUGUGCAACCAGUUGUCCGGGUCAGUUCCUUCUGCGCUUGGAGGAUUGGCUCAACUGGAGGUGCUCGAGCUGUGGAACAAUUCCCUGUCAGGCCCUUUGCCGGUUGAUCUUGGCCGGAACUCGCCCCUCCAGUGGAUGGACAUAUCAUCCAAUUCGUUCUCUGGUGAGAUUCCGGCAACCUUGUGCAGUGGAGGUAACCUCACUAAGCUCCUCCUGUUCAACAAUGGUUUCACCGGUCCAGUUCCCACCGGGAUAUCGACGUGUGCUUCGCUUGUUCGUGUUAGAAUGCAGAACAAUCUUCUCUCCGGCACAAUCCCAGUUGGCUUUGGCAAACUUGGGAAGCUUCAGAGGCUGGAAUUGGCCAAUAACAGUCUCACAGGUCAGAUCCCAAAUGACAUAGCUGCUUCUGCAUCACUCUCUUUCAUUGAUUUCUCUCGAAAUCGCCUCCAAUCUUCGCUUCCUUCUUCCAUCCUGUCCAUUCCAAAUCUGCAGAGCUUCAUGGCCUCGGAUAAUAACAUGGUGGGUGAAAUCCCAGAUCAAUUCCAGGACUGUCCUUCACUCUCGGUGCUUGAUCUCUCGUCCAACAAUUUCACUGGAAGCAUACCUGCUAGCAUGGCUUCUUGUGAGAAAUUGGUAACCUUGAAUCUCCGAAACAAUCAACUGACAGGUCCAAUCCCGAGAGCCAUUGCUGUGAUGACUACACUAGCUGUUCUAGAUCUAUCCAACAACUCUCUGACCGGUGGCUUACCCAAAAAUUUUGGGGACUCUCCAGCCUUGGAAAUGCUCAAUGUUUCUUACAACAAGCUAGAGGGUCCUGUUCCUGCCAAUGGAAUGCUUCGGACCAUAAAUCCAAAUGAUCUUGUAGGCAAUGCCGGGCUCUGUGGCGGGGUGCUACCUCCAUGCUCCCAAAACCUGGCUUAUACAUCAAAAGAAAAGAGCCUGCACUCGAAACACAUCGUUGCAGGAUGGAUCAUUGGGAUGUCGUCUCUUCUGACUGCCAUAGUCGCAGUCUUUGGAGCCCGGUCUCUGUACAACAGGCGGUACUCCAAUGGAAGUUGCUUCAAGGAAAUAUUUGGAAUGGGAAAAGGCGAGUGGCCAUGGAGAUUGAUGGCAUUCCAGAGACUUGGUUUCACAAGCAAUGACAUCCUAGCCUGCAUCAAGGAAUCAAAUGUGAUAGGGAUGGGAGCAACUGGGAUUGUGUACAAGGCCGAGAUGCAGAGAUUAAACACAGUUGUGGCGGUAAAGAAACUGUGGAGAACAGGAAUCGAUAUCGAGAUGGGAGGCAGUGAAGAUCUGGUGGGGGAGGUCAAUCUCCUGGGGGGUCUAAGGCAUCGAAAUAUAGUAAGAUUAGUUGGAUUUCUUCACAAUGAUACUGAUGCUAUGAUAGUCUAUGAGUAUAUGCAGAAUGGCAGCCUUGGAGAAGCUCUACAUGGAAGACAAGGAGGGAGGCUGCUAGUAGACUGGGUUUCGCGAUACAACAUUGCAGUUGGGGUCGCCCAAGGGCUCGCCUAUCUCCACCAUGACUGCCGCCCACCUGUCAUCCACCGGGAUGUCAAGUCGAACAACAUACUGCUCACUGCAAACCUCGAGGCAAGGAUUGCCGAUUUUGGGUUGGCAAGGAUGAUGCUUAACAAGAAUGAGACAGUUUCUAUGGUUGCUGGAUCUUACGGAUACAUAGCCCCUGAGUAUGGAUACACAUUGAAAGUCGAUGAGAAGAGCGAUAUAUAUAGCUAUGGAGUUGUCCUAAUGGAACUUCUAACAGGAAAACGACCAUUGGACCCUGAGUUUGGAGAAUCUGUCGACAUAGUUGAAUGGAUUCGAAUGAAGAUUCGAGACAACAGAUCUUUAGAAGAAGCUAUAGACCCUAAUGUAGGCAAUUGUAAACAUGUCCAGGAAGAGAUGCUUUUAGUCCUUCAGAUAGCGCUCCUUUGUACAGCCAAGCUGCCCAAGGACAGGCCAUCCAUGAGGGAUGUCAUAACAAUGCUCGGAGAGGCAAAGCCUAGGAGAAAAAGCAGUAGCACUAGUGGCACUAAUGUUAUUGACAGAGAGAAGCCAGUCUUUAGCACAUCACCAGUCAGUGGCAUACUGUAAGAUAAAAACUACUACUUUCCAGGCCAUCAUUUUGUUUGGCUCUUGUUUUGUAUGUAAAAGUUUCUUCAUUGAAUUUGUAAUUCGUAAUUCUUCCUCAGCCUGGUUGUUUCUGGAGUAAGGAGAUGUCCAUUCUUAUCACUAAUGAUGUUUCUUCUUUGUAAAGUAGCAAGUUUUCCAAUUUCUUGCUAGCAAAAGAUGAAUGUCAGGACCAUCCGGGAGCUUGGCUUCUUUAUGUUUCUUUGUUUUCUUUUAUAAUGCCCAGUAAAGAGAA